UGCUUUUUAGUUAGCAAUUAAGAAUGGAGGCUCAGGGAAGUGUGCAAAAGUAGGAGGUUAACCACACAUAAGAGUCUUAUGAAAGAAGUUUCUGUAGCAGUGCAUAGAAAGCAGUAAAAGCCACACAGAUCAGUCUUAACCGAUUGAACCUCCGAGGAGCAAACAGGCAGGAGCAAUUACGUCAGCUGUUUGCACAGGCUCAUUAACCUUUCCACUUCUCCUUCUGCUUGUGCUUGUUCCGUAGUCCAGUUGCUUCAGGUCUUUCUCAUUUACAAGCUUGUGAAAGAUACAAAGACAUGUCAAUUCACACCACAAAAAAAGAAAAACGAUUUCUUUUUACCUCAGAAUCUGUUGCUGAAGGACAUUCUGAUAAGAUAUGUGAUCAGAUAAGUGAUGCUGUUGUAGAUGCUCAUCUCAGUAUUGAUCCAGAUGCCAAGGUUGCCUGUGAGUGUGUAGCAAAAACUGGAAUGAUUUUGCUCUGUGGAGAGAUCACAUCCCGGGCUAUAGUAGAUUACCAAAAAAUUGUAAGAGACACCCUUAAGAGGAUAGGAUAUGAUGACUCUUCCAAAGGACUGGACUAUAAGACUUGCACAGUUUUAGUGGCCUUGGAACAGCAGUGUAAAGAGAUCAAGGAUGCUAUCUCCCAUGGCAAGUGUGAUGAUGACAUUGGAGCAGGGGAUCAGGGUUUGAUGUUUGGCUAUGCCACUGAUGAAACUGAGGAAUGUAUGCCUUUAACAAUCCUCCUGGCACACAAACUAACUGCAACUAUAAGGGCUCUGGAACGGAAUGGAACAUGGCCUUGGGUUAGACCAGAUGGCAAAACGCAGGUCACAAUGGAAUACAAGGAGUGUAAUGGCACACUGGAGCCCAUCCGAGUGCACACACUGGUGAUUUCAGUAAAUCAUGCCCCAGACAUAACACUGCAACAAAUACGGGAGGAGCUAAUGGAGAAAGUUGUUAAAAAAGUCAUUCCAGAGAAGUAUCUUGAUGAGGACACCAUUUAUCAUCUCCUUCCAAGUGAAAAGUUUGUAGAAGGUGGUCCUAAGACUGAUGCUGGACUGACUGGUCGGAAGAUCAUUGUUGAUACAUACGGAGGCUGGGGAGCCCAUGGUGGAGGUGCAUUCUCUGGGAAAGAUCCAUCCAAAGUUGAUCGUUCUGCAGCCUAUGCAGCUCGCUGGAUUGCAAAAUCUCUAGUGAAAGCUGGUCUCUGUAAAAGGGUAUUAAUCCAGCUAUCAUAUGCUAUCGGUCUCAGUCGUCCUCUUGCGAUCUCAGUGUUUCAUUAUGGAACAUCAGACAGAUCUGAAGAAGAACUGCUUGAAAUCGUCCAGAAAAACUUUGAUCUGCGCCUUGGAGCUAUCAUAAGGGAGCUGGAUUUGAAGAGGCCAAUCUACCAAAAAACGGCAUGCUAUGGGCACUUUGGAAGAGAAGAAUUUACAUGGGAAAUACCCAAAAAGCUUGUGUUUUAAGCUUUUCAAAACAUUUCAUAUUAUUGACAGGGGGCUUAAUAACCAGGAGCCUGGACCUUAUCUUUGCCUGAAACGAAUCCCAUUUAGUAUGCAUAUGGCCUUGUAGGCAUAAAGCAUAGCAUUAAACUUCAUUAGAAUUUGCUCAAAUCGGUAUUUUCUAGGAAAUAGUAAUGCAGCUUGCUAAUUCUGAAAUGUCAAAAUAAUAAAAUAUUAAAAAACAUUUUAAUAAAAUAGUGGUACAAAGUUUAAAUGGCAAGGGAUUGCAGAGAUCACUAUACACUGAACUGAUAGGAAUUUCAGUAAAUGGGCAUAUAGUCUCAAUUUUACAACUAUCUCAAUUUCACUGUCAUAAUACUUCACCCUUCCAAAGUUAAACAGAGCUUUGUUAAGAAGCUGUGAUGCUUUGUUUCUCAUGGAAGAAGAGCAUUUUGAUAAAAUGUCUUUUGUUAAAUUGAAUGAGGAAAUUAUUUGUUCAAUGGAGGUGUCUGUUAAUCACUGCUCACUGUCAAACAAACAAAACACAAACAAGCCCACACAAAACCUCCACGGUGUACUUCAGACAUUAAGAACACAUUCCUGCAAGACUUCUUUCACCUCGCUUUCUGACUUCAAAGUUGAAGACAUUUUCUUCAAGGAAUUGGAUAGACUACCAAACUUUCCUUCCCUUUGUCAUUGAUUGGUGUUCCAAAGUAGCCAGGAGUACCACCUGCUGAAGAAAUCCCUAAAUACAGAUUGGAACAGGUACAGUGUACAUUCAGUCUCUAGAGAUCCUGUCUAAAAAUUUUAGUGAAUUUUCUAAUGACUAGUGAAUUAAUUUUAUUUAUAGAGGGUAGCUAAUUUGCCCUAUGUAAAAAAAUUCCUAAAAAACAGGAAAAAAAAUAUGCCUUGUUUGAAACUAGCAGAUAGAGAAAAGAUACCCCUGCUAAGUUUGUAGUGUCUAGUCCAAAGCCAGACACAAAACUACUGCUCCACAAAACCAGUGAAAUAAUCUUUUUUUGAAUGAUUGGUGUGUUCUCUCCUUACCAUUCUGGAAAAGAAUGACUUAAACUAGAACCUCAACUAUAAAAAAGGGUUCCCAAAUCACACAUAAGCUUUAAGAUGGCAGAUAGCUGAAAAAGUAGCUAAAUUCAAAUGUAACCUCCAUCCAGGUAUCAAUUGAAAUUUAUUUAUUUAUUUAUUUAUUUAUUAAACUUGCUGUUUUAAUAUAAAAUGAAUAGGGUCUUAUUUGAAAUAUGUGGUUACAAUAUAUUAUAAAAAUCUCCCAAUAUAUAGCAGGUCAUAAUCUGCAUAAGAAAAAAAUUGUAAAAGCACAUCAGAAGAAGAACA